AUGAUUUUACUGCCCUUUCCCUCGGGCAAAGAGCGAAGUGAGGCAGUCUCGGUCUGCCGCGCCCGCGCACACACCGGCGGCAGCAGGGCGGCGGAGAGCGCGGGCAGUGCGGGACACAUGGGCGCAGAAAUGGGUGGUCGCCCGUGCGGCGAGCGGCGCCGGGCGAAGUCGCAGCUGAGCUGCGGCCUCCGGCUGAGCAGAGGCCGCGCUGGCAGGCGCGAAGGUGCUUUCGCCGGGAUCCUUUUCCAUUUAAACCACCUGUUUCUUGUCCUCCACCCGAGCCUUUCCUUUUCAUCUGAGGUCUGCUGGGGAGACGGAGAAGUGUUGCUGUUUGACAGAGUGGCUCUUGAAAUAGUCACUCAACUGAAACUGAACUUCAGGCCAGACUGGGAGUUUGAGGUGAUUUCCCAAAUUAAGCUGCUUCAGUCUGCGUGUAAGAGCUAUUUCUUGACGCCCAACCACAAAUUCAUCCAGUGGUUCAGGAAGCAGGAGCACUUAACUGAGGAGGAGAGUUACCGCCUGUCACAGGAGAUCGAAGCAGCUGCUAAGAUCAGACCCGCACCACCCAAACGUCAGCAGAGUGUGGUGGAGAGGCUCAGCCUGCUCCUGAUGGGCUCUGAGGCAGUCACCCACAGCAUGGCUGCCAAAGAACAUCCUGACUUCAGGCCUAGGGGAAGCUCUGGGGAGAGUGAUGACUCGGCCAGAAUCUCGGCAUCUGAGGUCAGUCAUUUUGAAGCUGAAGAGGCAGGUCUGCAGCACUCCCAGGGGCACUCUUUGGAUGAACUACACAAGCAGGAACCAGCAGAAGGGAUUUGA